ACAUAACAUCAAUCAAUAAUACAUCAGUUUUUUUACAUGGUAUCAAAGCUAUAAGAUUUAGGCCUAUAUUCCUUUCUUUCCGGCGGGCAGCCGGCCGGCAACCAUGCCUUCGCUACCCGCUGGAAUUUUUCAACACCUCCACAGAGUAUGGCUCAAUCCCAAGCUUACUUCCAUCAAACACAGAAGUCCCAAUUGCCACGGAUAGCCCACCAAAAUCACACCACAAACAUUCCCAAUCAAAGUAUCCAUUUAUCACUAUGGUCGACGUGGACCGGAGAAUGACCGGUCUGAACCCGGCCCAUAUAGCCGGCCUUCGCCGCCUCUCCGCUAGAGCCGCCGCCGUUCCACCACCUUCUUCAACCCUUACUGUCCGAACCGGCCUCCUCUCCUUCACUUCUCUCGCCGACAAUGUCAUCACCCACCUCAAAACCUCCGGAAUCCAAGUCCAAACAGGCUUGUCCGACGCCGGGUUCGCCCGAGCCGAGGCCGUGUUCGGCUUCCCUUUCCCACACGACCUCCCAGCGGUUCUCUCCGCCGGUUUACCCGUCGGCCGCACCCACGACCGCUGCCGCAGCUGCGCUUCUCCAACCCAUCCACUUCCGAGCCCCAGCUACGCUACUCUGGCGCCGUUGCCGGGGACUCUCUCCCUGAAGGCCGUGGUAAAAAUGGUGUCACGCUGGUUCAUUCUAAUGGCCCUUUUGCUCUUCUGUGUCACUCAGGUAUCAUCUAACGCAGAGAUUGAAGAACACCAAACCCAGGUGGUGAAAGAGGCAACCAGAAGGCUCUUGCCAUUCCUGGCUUGUGGAGGACUGUGCAAGGGUAGGUGUAGUGCGCACUCGAGGCCAAAAGUGUGCAACAGGGCAUGUGGCACGUGCUGCGUGAGGUGCAAGUGUGUGCCACCUGGAACAUCAGGGAACAGAGAAAUGUGUGGGAGUUGCUACACCGACAUGACAACUCAUGGAAACAAGACCAAGUGCCCUUAAAAAUCAACUACUCAAUCUCCCUUUAAACCCUCUCUUUUCCUUUCUUUUUCUUUUAAUAUUUACCUCCACUACCUUUUGUCUUUCAAAUAAAGCCACCACCUUACACCACACCACUUUUUUUUAUUCGUUUUAUUCUUAUUAUCAUCCUCCUCAUCAUGUAACCCAUUGCAGGUUUUCACAAAACCGUGGGCCACGAAACCUUUUUUCAUUCUUAUUUCUUUGCAAAAAAAAAAAAAAAAAAACA